AUGACUACAAUUACGUCGUCACCAGAGCAAGUGCACGACGCCAACGUCAUGUGUCGUUACCCAAGCAAAAGAUGCUGGAACUUACGCGCCCUGAAACGCAAUGGCGAGCGCCACAAUCUCUGUGAUUUUCAUCGCCAAAAGGCCAACAAGAACCAGCGUCGACUCGAACUCAAGCGCAAGGCCCGUGCACAAGCGUUCAUGGACUCAGAGCCUGCGGGCAAACGUCUCCGCACGCACAAGAAGACUCGUCAGCGUGCACGUCGUGCGCCUCUUAGUGCCCACUUGGCUAUGAAAGAGGAGGCACGCGCCAAGCAACAGGUGGAGGAAGUCAGUCAAGUCUUAGGGCUUACGAGCUGGUUCUUUCAGGAUCUCGUGCUGCUGGACGGCACCUACGAUCGAGGUGGAUUUCAAGUCAAGGAUGAGCUGCCUUUAGCACCUGCGUCCUUCAUCGAGCUGCCACGUCUUCCGGACGUGGUAGAUGAGGAGACACUGGAUCGUAUCUUGCAAGACGGACAAGGAGACGUUUGCAAAGGAUUGGAUAGUGCAAGCUUAGGAAUGGAAGCGCUGGUAUCGCUACCCGAAGGCAAAACCUCGCCCGUAGAUGUCGGUGAGUGCUGGGACGGCCUCGAGUUUGCCGACUAUUGGCUGCCAGCUGAUCAACCUACCGGAAACAUUGACGCUUUCGUUGGGGAUGAAGACGUGUUUGUCGCAGACGUGUGA